UGUCUGAGAUCCUAACCAGGACAACAAGGACAUCACGGAGGAGAUCAUAUCAGAAGCUGGCAGGAGUCGGAAGCCCACUCUGCCAGUGGGAAAUGUCUUUUCCGUCCCUAUGCCUCUGCAGAAUUUCGGGGGACGACGGCUGAACUGGAAGAACGGCUGCAAUGGAGAAACUAGCGCUAGAGCCACAUCCGGAGCAUCAGUAAAACUCGACGCAGUGCCAGACUCGACUACAAACAAGCCUGCGCUAUCAGAGGAGGAAAUGGAGAAAUCCUCUAAAUCCAUUAUUGAGGAGUUUCUACACAUAAAUGAUUACAAAGAGGUCUCGCAUUGCGUGGAGAAACUGGACCAGGGCGAGAUACUGUACGUUUUUGUUCGGGUGGGUGUGGAGACCACGCUGGAGCGAAACCAGAUCACACGUGACCACGUGGGUCAUCUGUUCCAUCAGCUGCUGCAGGCUGGGAUCCUCUCCACAUCUCAGUUUUUUAAAGGGUUCUCAGAAACCCUCGAGAUAGCAGAUGAUAUGGCGAUUGACAUUCCUUAUGUAUGGCAGUACAUAGCGGAGCUCGUUAAUCCUGUGCUUCGGGAAGGAGGAAUCUCUUUGAGAGAAUUAUUAAUUGAAUUUAGCAAACCACUACUUCCUGUGGCAAGAGCCGGCAUAUUAUUUGCAGAAAUAUUGCAGCUUCUCUGCAAACAAAUGGUUCCUCCUGCUUUGCUGCUGAGACAUUCAUGUUGAGCAUCGACAAGAGGAUUGUCAACGACCACAUCACAACCUUCACCUCCGCCAUCUGCCUGAUGUUUAUCAGUUAUAACUGCUUUAACAUACACUACCCAGUGGAACUACGAUCAACACUGGAGUUUCUCCAAUGCUAAUAUUCUGUUUUUAUGAACACCUUUUUUGGAUUUAUCAAACGUAUCAAUUUGAUAUCCAUUUCAGGUUGUUCAUUUUCUCAAUCUUUCUCUCACUCUUUUUUUUCCCCCAUAAAGGUGUUUCUUUUCCAUAAAUCCUGAGAGGCACCAAGGUUGAAUCCAAGAAGAAAAAAGUGUUGAGUCAAUCCCAGAGUCCUCACUCUCAUCUCAGACAUUGCUGACCAUGAGUGGAUCUAGUGCUCCCCCUCUUGUUGUAGACAAUGUGAUAAAGGUGUGUUACAGACUCUACUGAUGUUUUUGUUACACUUCUGAAUGUCAGUGAAAAGUUUUUAACAAUUUGGAGUUUUACUAAACAAGAUUUGUUAAAGUACCUGUGCAUUUUUUUUGCUUGUUAGUUCCAGGAGUUUCUUAGAUGAUAAUUUUCCUACAGUAAUUGUGCAUUCUAAUGAUGUAAAAAGGGGCUGCAUGUACAUCACUAGCUGGCAUUUUAUAAAUCAAACACUUCUGUAAAGUUUUGCUUUUUUUUUCAGUUACAUGAUG